AUGCGAAGAGCGUGUAGCGGCGAGCACAUCUACCCCCAGCUUUGUUCUCUUGCACAGCGCUGCGGCAAAGAUCCGGCGGCAGCCAAGUGGGUUCACUCGCAGAUCGUCGCCUGCGGCUAUGGAAGCGAUCGAUUUCUGGGGAAUCUCGUCGUACAGAUGUAUGGCGGCUGCGGGCGCGUGGAGGACGCGAUGGAUGCGUUCCGCCGGAUCCAGCAGCCCAAUGUCUUCUCUUGGGCGAUUCUGGCGGCGGCACUGCUGCACAGCGAUCGGCUCCGAGAGGGCCGCGAGGUUUUCUCGCGAAUGCCGCAGCACAAUGUGGUGUCGACCACGGCGAUGCUCGCCGCGCUCGUCUCGGCCGGGCUGAUGGAGCAGGCAAUGGCGGUGUUUGCGAGCAUGAAGGAAAGGAAUGCCGUGACAUGGACUGCGCUUGUUACCGGAUUCAGCGAUGGUGCUGCCGCGCUCGAGGCGUUUGGAAAAAUGCCGCAGUGGGAUUGCGUGGCGCUAAACGCAAUGCUCGCUGCAAAUUUCCAAGAAGGGCAUUUUGGCAUGACGAAAGAUUGUUUCGAUAGGAUGCCAUGGAAGAACGAGGUGUCGUGGAACACGAUCUUAGAUGCUUUCUCGCAACGAGGUCUGAUCUUUUCAAUCUUGGAGAAGUUCUGGAGAAUGCCAAUGUGGACUAUUGUUUCGUGGAACACUAUGAUCGCGGCAUUUGCCAGAGUGGGGGAUAUGUAUAACGCAAAGAAAUCUUUUGACACCGCUCCAGAGCGCGACCUGAUCUCCUGGAACAGUCUCUUGGAAGCGUGUAGUAACAUCGACGAGUCGAGGAAAGUGUUCGAUCUUUCGCCCAAGUGGAGCUCGGCAACUUGGAGCUCUAUGAUCGUGGCACUUGCACAAAGCAAUCGCGUCAAAGAAGGCGUGGAGCUCCUGCUUCGCGCGGCGAUGGAGCUCGAGGGAUUCCAUCCCGAGCCCGGCACUCUCACCGCUCUCAUCACCGCCUGCACCACCACCGGGUCACUCGAGCAGGGAAGAAUCCUCCACGAGUUCCUCGGCAAUUCAAUCGCUUGCGACGAUUCCCACGGGCUUUCUCUGGCGAGCGUGAUGCUCCGCAUGUAUAGCGAGUGUGGAUGCCUCGAGGGGGCCGAGCUCGUCUUCUCGUCCAUGCCGGAGCAGGAUCUCGACUUGGUCGCGUGGAGCUCUAUGAUCUGUGCGUACGCCCAUCACGGACAGGGCGAGCGAGCGCUGGAUCUCUUCCGGGCUAUGAGCGCCGCCGGAGUGGAGCCCGACGAUGUGGUAUUCGUGAGCAUCAUUUCGGCUUGCAGCCACAGUGGUCUACUCCAUCACAGCCGGGUGUUCUUCCACUUGAUGGCUGGGGAGUUUUCGAUCGCGGCAGGGCUGGAUCAGUACAAGAGCAUCGUCGAUGCACUGGGCCGCGCGGGAAUGAUCGAGCUAGCUCUCGAGCUCUUGCAAACCAUGCCUUUCUUCCCGGAUAGAAGCUCUUGGACGGCGUUUCUAGGGGCGUGUAAUAGCCAUAGAAGGAAUGUGAGCGUGGAUGUGGAGCUCGAGGGGCUUAGCGGUGCGCUCUACGUGCUCCUGGCCAACUCGAAGCUUUGUUAA